AUGUCGGAGCACCUGCAGGUGAAGCUACGCCAGUACCACACGUACCGCCGCGAGUGCCUCCACCGCGAGCCCCUCGACCAGCUGCGCUCCACCCUGCUGGCCGGCAAGCCCACCGCGUGCCGCUACCUCAUCUACUACCACUCCUCCGACGGCCAGGGCAACCGGCUGCUCUCCCUCGUUUCCUCCUUUGCCUACGCGCUGCUAACCGAUCGGGUCUUCCUUCUCAGCUCUAAGAGUGGCCCUGCUGCUGUGCUGUGUGAACCGUUUGAGCACGGCGAGUCGUGGGUGCUGUUUGGGAGGGAGGAGAAGUUGGAGGAGCAUCACGCGCAAGUGCUGGGGCUGAAGGUGGCCAAGGAGUGGAGGGAGGAGUUAUCAGGCAAUGUGACAGAGGUAUUGGUGGCGUCCCUGAAUGCUGCUCUGGUGCAUAACCUGUCAGAGGCAGUGACAGGCAACAUGAGUGCAGUGAGAGUGAGUGUGGGGCAUGACGUCACACAUGCUGCCAUGGGUGUUAAGUUACCGCCCAUUAACACCACCUCUGCUGCUUCUCCUGCUCUUGCUUCUGCCCUUGCUUCUCCUGCUGCUGCUCCUGCCACGUCUCCUGAAACUCAAAUGCCAGAUGCAAGUGAAGCGACGAAUGCGAGCAACAGCACGUCAUACGACCACGUGCACAUAGUCCGGCUGACGAUCGACGAGAAGCAAAACAACGGCGAUAAAGCCGGUGUCGACAGGGCGAUUGUGGACAUCUACACACUCGCGCUCUUCUCCGAUGCCCUCGUCAUCUCCGAGGUCUCCACCUUCGGCUACCUCUGCGCCUCGCUCUUCGGCGUGCCCCGCACCACCUUCAUCAGUGCCAUGUGCAAGCGAGCGCCGCCCGAGCCGUGCCUGCACUUCCCACCGGGGAACGAGCGCUGCCCGGAUGGGCAGGCGCAAGAGCUGGAGCAGGUGUUGGCUCAGGACCCGCAUGUGCCGCUCAUGCACUGCGUGGAUGUGAGCAAUGGGCUCACAUUGAAGCCCCUCCAAGGGUGGGAGUAA